AUGUCGUAUAGUAAAAAAAGUAUUUUUGCUUGUACUCCAGCUACUUCUCGUGGUCAAGCUGUUCAACUUGGCGUUGACCCAAAAGGAGAGAAUUUUCUAUACACGAAUGGUAAAACUGUUUUCAUUAGAAAUUUAAUUAAUCCAGCAAUUGCAAGAGAAUAUACUGGACAUUCAGCACAUACCACUGUUGCACGAUAUUCUCCCAGUGGUUAUUAUGUUGCAUCUGGAGAUAUUUAUGGAAAUGUUCGAAUUUGGGAUGCAAUUCAAGACGAAAAUAUAUUGAAACAUGAAGUUAAAGUCAUUAAUGGUAGGAUUAAUGAUCUUUGUUGGGAUUUCGAGAGUAAAAGAAUAAUUGCGGUCGGUAAUGGUAAAGAAAGAUAUGGACAUGCAUUUUUGUUUGAUACCGGAUCAUCUGCUGGAGAGAUCAUCGGACACUCUAAAGUGAUUAAUAGUGUUAGUAUUCGACAGAAACGACCUAUGCGAGCUGCCACUGCUUCUGAUGAUUUUACUGUUGUAUUCUUUCAUGGCCCACCUUUUAAACAAAAAUUGACAAUAAAAGAUCAUACGGCAUUUGUCCAAGGAGUUGAGUUUUCGCCUGAUGGUAGCAACUUCGUAACCGUUGGUUCAGACAAAAAAGUAAUUUUAUAUGAUGGAGAUACGGGUGAAAAGCGUAUUGAUUUUUCUGAAGUUGUUGGAAAAGAGUCUCAUAAAGGUGGUAUUUUUGCUGUAUCAUGGUCUCCUGAUAGCAAACAAUUGCUCACAUCAUCAGGAGAUAAAACAGUAAAAAUUUGGGAUGUUGAAGCUCAGAAAGUUGUUCGGACAUAUGAAUUUCCGGAUGUUGUUGAUAAUCAACAAAUUGGAAAUUUAUGGGCUGGAGAAUUUCUUGUCAGUCUUUCAUUAUCCGGAGACAUUAAUUAUUUGGAUCCGAAUUCUAAUUCUACUUCAAGAGUAGUCAAAGGCAGUGCUAUUUCAAUUAGCGGAGAAGGUCAUACUAAUCAAAUUAAUCAAAUUGCUCCUCUGGAUGGUAAAUUAUUUUCCAUUGGUAUGGAUGAUACUCUUCGGUCUAUUAAUGUUGAAACCAAGACAUUCAGUGAACCGAUAGUUAAAACCAAUGCGAUGCCAAAGGGAAUUGCCAUAAAAGAUGACAAAAUUAUCGUAUCUACUACAAAAUCCAUUGAAAUAAUUAAGAAUAAUGAAACCAUAUUUACACUGGAUAUUUCAUAUACUCCUACAGUUAUGGGAAUUACUACAAAUGGUUCUUUAAUCGCUGUUGGCACUGAUGGAUCCAAAAUGACAAUUUAUAAAUCGAAUGGUGAAAAGCUUGAGGAGGAGAAAGUGAUCACUAAUAGAAACGCCAUAUCGGCACUGGCAUUUUCGCCAGAUGGAACGUUGUUAGCUGUCGGUGAUGCGCAAGGAAAGAUUAAUGUAUAUGAUACUAACAGUUACGAGGUCAAGAUUUCACAAUGGGUGUUCCAUACAGCAAAGGUUAAUUGUAUUGCGUGGUCACCAGAUGGGCUUCAUGCGGCCAGUGGGUCAUUAGACACUUAUAUUUAUGUUUGGAGUAUAGAAAAACCAAUGAAGAACAUUGCUAUUAAAGGUGCGCAUCAGGUAGCUGUGACAGGCGUAACAUUUUUGGAUAAUGAAACUAUAUCUUCGGUUGGUCAUGACGCAUGUGUUAAAACUUGGACCAUUAAACAUCAUCAAGCCUAA